AGUUCGACUGGAAAUAGAAAAAGACAGAAAAUGGCCUUCGAGGAGAUGGGGUGGAAAUGAUAAUAAUACGUCCAUAAUUGAAGGGAGCUUAUUAUAUAAUUUGAUCCAGCACUCCACCUUCCACUCUAAGCUCUUUGCAUUUAUAUGUUUCUGUCCUCAGCCGAACCUCAUCAUAGAAAUACAAAGCUCAAAGCUAUAUAUAUAUAUAGCGAGAGAGACAGACAGAAAGUGUAUUUAAGGUAGAAUUUUGUUGUAUUAAUUUCUCUACAAAAAUGUCCAAGAAUACAAGUUCAAUAUUGCCAGAUGUGUCUUGGAAAGAGCGAUUUUACAGGUCCAUGAUCGGUUUUGGGGUCAAAUUCUCUCGCCGCUCUGAUGGCACCAUCAACCGUUGCAUCAUGAACUUCUUUGACUUCAAAGCUCCUCCUUCCAAACAACCCCUUGAUGGCGUCAAAAGCUUUGAUACCAUGGUUGAUCCCACCCGCAACCUCUGGUUCCGCCUUUACAUCCCCUCCGCCUCCACCUCUACCACCAACGUGCCAGUUAUUGUUUACUUUCAUGGUGGAGGCUUUGCAUACAUGUCUGCAGGUUCAGUAGGCUGUGAUAACCUUUGUCGAAGGCUUUCUAAGCAAACUGGAGCAGUGAUUAUAUCUGUCAACUACCGGUUGUCCCCAGAGCAUAGAUAUCCCUGUCAAUAUGAAGAUGGCUUUGAUGUCUUAAAGUUCAUCGACAUUAACAACACCAACUUGGAAGGUUUUCCCUUGUAUGCCAAUUUAAACCAGUGUUUCAUCGCCGGAGACAGUGCCGGGGGCAACCUGGCGCAUCAUGUGACUGUCAAAGCCUGUGAGUAUGAGUUGAGAAACAUGAAGUUCAUAGGACUAAUAGCAAUACAGCCUUUCUUUGGUGGAGAAGAAAGAACAGAAUCCGAAAUCAGACUCGUUGAUGGCCCUGUCCUUUCAGUGAAGGGUACAGACUGGUUGUGGAACGCAUUUUUGCCUCAAGGGUCAGACCGAGACCAUCCAGCCUCAAAUAUCUUCGGGCCAAAAUCAGUUGAUAUUUCCCGGUUGAAGUUUCCAGCAACAAUUGUGUUUGUUGGAGGGCUUGAUCCAUUACACGACUGGCAAAUUAGGUACUAUGAGGGGUUGAAGAAGUGUGAGAAAGAGGCAUAUUUGAUUGAGUAUCCAAAUGCUAUCCACUCUUUUUAUGGUGAUCCAGGAUUGCCAGAGACUGGUUUGUUCAUGGAGGAUGUGAAAGAUUUCAUACAAAAGCAAUCUGCAAACAAGUGAGGUACCAUUACAAGGAAUAGGACAAAUUUGGCUUCUCACCCUCCAUAAAAUUAACUUUUGGUUCAUUUCUUUUCAAUGCAUCUACAUCAUCAUGAGCAAUAAAGGGAAACCAAAUUCGAAAAUG